UUUAAUCUUGGACGUAUAUUGCUCAUUGUAAGGACAUUCACGAUCGAUCGGUCUUAAACCGAGGAUCAUGGACACAGAAUAUUUAUGGAUUGGACGAUGGCUUGAUCUGAGGUGUCGUCGAGAAGCGCCAUUUCAGAGGCAACUGAUUGGAAAUAUGGGAAGGACCAUUGCUUUGCAAUUGUCAGGAGUGACACAGAAUUGAAAUAUCCCGGCUCCCUGGGCCAGAACGAUAGUCGCACAUGAAGUCGAUCACGAUGGGAAUACUACCUACAUCCUUGUAUCACCGGCGAGUUAAGGAGAUCCAUAUGCCUACCGAAGUAGCACGGCCUAUUCUCUAGCUGGUUACUUUUUGGUUCACAUGAACCAGCAGGCGUGAAGAUAUCGUCUCCUGAGCAUGGCCGACCAGGUGACAGAAAUUGCAUCCAUUAAAAGAAGCUGGGCGAACAGCGAGAGUAGUCAUGCCCGGGAUACCAGAACUGAUGUGCAACACCGGCAGGUCAAAUGCUCGAGGCCCACCCGAAUCAGCAGCAACGCGGGCGCGGGGUGUGGCGGACAGCGCACGUCACGGCCCGAGUGAGGAAGUUGCAAAUUGCGGAGCCAUCCCUCAU